UAUCACAAAACAGAACGAACACACACAAACACACACAAAACCUUGUUCAAUGGAAGAUUGGUUCUUAUGGCUCUCGAGAACAAACCUUGAACCUUCUCUAAUCCAAGAAUACGGUCUCUCCUUCUCCCAGAACGAGCUCGAACUCGAAGACGUUGCUUACUUCAACCACGAGUUUCUCCAGAGCAUGGGAAUCUCCAUCGCUAAACAUCGUCUCGAGAUUCUCAAACUCGCUCGCCGAGAUCGCAAGAACGCUCCUCCUCUCACCUCUAGGUCGAUCUCCAGAUUCGUGGUUGCAAUCAAGAAAACAGGGAAAUGUUUCUCGGAUCACGUACGCGCCUGGAUCCGCCGCGAAGAAGAGUCGUCUCGAGCUCUGGUGUUGGUGCCGUCGAAGAAGAAGACGAGCAGCGGGAUUAGUAAGUGGAGAGGCGGGUUUAUGAAGAGGAACAAGAGAUCUGUGAUGCCGAGUAAUGGAACUGGCGGAUUUGAAAAGCAAGAGAGGUUGCUCUUGACCAAUGGGACUCCUUGUAGACUCGAUAGCUUCUCAAGUCCCAUGGUUUUUGAUUACAGUUGCAAGGAUGAGAAACUACUUUAUGAUCAAGAUACUUGUUUCGAAGAUGUCAAAUGGGAUUCUAUGUUUCAGAAUCUCAAACCUACUUAGUAAUCUUGGUUAUCAGAUUUGAUGGUGAGAGAUGAUGUUUUAGGUUUCUUCCACCAUGGAUUUUUUUUGAAGUUUUUUUUUUUUGGCCUUUGUGUGUUGGAGUGUGUGAUUAGGGUAAUUCAUUUUUUUUGGUUAAUUAACAAUUAGGGUUGAGUGGAGGUGUCAGGUGUGUGUGAGUGUGUGUGGGUCUUUGUAAUGAGUCUGUCUCUUCAGUCUUUGCUUUUGGCCUAAGUCUUUGUUCCAGUCAAAAACUUCUUUACAGCUUUUUUUAACUACUU